CCACCACCACUGUUCACAGCGGAAUCUGUCACCUGACCCUGCCCAAACAUGGCUGCGCUGGAAAUUGUAUUGCUUCGGGUCUCCGGAACAGGCUCAGGAGAGGAGUGUUCCUGCUGAAUCGACCACCUGGGGAUUUGCAGCCAGCCGGGCAAAACGUUCGGAGGGAAUAGGGACGUGGACUUAGGAGCCCGAGCCCCCGCCAGUGCAGAGUCUGAUACUGUCAAAUGUAGGAUCUGCGUAGAGAUGGCAUCUACCCCUGGGAGAAAGCGACAGUUCUCCAGAAGAGUUAGUAACGUGUCCGAUUUAAAACAGUGUUUAUGAAAGAGCUGCUCCACGAGUGAGACCACUGAGAAUGUGUUCCGAGUAACGCGUCUCUUUCUACCUCCCUGCACUCUGUGCUGGGAAAAUGAAUCAUCCGUUUGGAAAAGAGGAAACUGCUACCGAGACGCAGCUUUUUGGAUUUUUCUGCGAGUGCCUGCGGAGGGGAGAGUGGGAGCUGGCACGGGCAUGUACCCCUCAGCUACACGAGGCACACGGUGAUAUCCCAAAGCGGGUGGAAGAGGUGCUUCGGGCGCUGGUGCUGUGCCCGGAUCUGCUGAGAUGUGGGCAGGACAUCAGCCCCCAAAGAUUAGCGUGGCUCUGGCUUCUUGUACUGGAAAAAUGGUUGGCCCAGGAAAAGAAGUUACUCCCACCUGUUUACCAGAGAAAACUUGAGUUUCUUUUUCUGUCAGAAGACCUCCAGAAUAACAUUCCAGAGGACAUCCUUAAGGAGCUGUAUGAGAUUGUAGCACAAGGCACAUUAGCCCCCGCGCCUGACGCAAGUCAGAGACAGGAGAGCUGGACCCCUCGGCUCACCUCCGAAGCUGUCUCUGUGCUCUGGGACCUUCUAAGGCAGGCUCCCCAGCCAGCACAGGCGCUGCUGGAGCUCCUGCUUGGGGAAGAUGACGGCACCAGCCUCUGUCAUUGGCCUCUGCAGAAGGCACUGGUGGGCCUUAUUCGAAAGGCACUGCAGGCUCUGCACGGGCCUGCCUCUGGGGCCCCUGGGGACACUGAUGCCAUCUACAGAGCGCUGCGGACUCUGCGUUGCCCUGCAGAGUCCCCUGGGCCUGAGUUGCGUGUCCUGUGUGAGGAGCUCCUGGAGGCCUGCAGGACCGAGGGAAGUCCCCUAAAGGAGGAGCAGGUGCUUGGCUGCCUGGUACGCAAGGCUGGACGGGGCUUGUUGUCCCUCUAUGGCCACACCUAUGCAGAAAAGGUCGCAGAAAAGCCACCAAGGGCCACCACGUCUGGGAAAGUCUCCCCGGAUCAUCCAGAGCCUGAGCGGACAAUGCUGACCUUGUUCUCCACCCCCAACCCAGCCCAGGCUUGGAAAGUGGCCUUUUUCUACUGCCUGAGCAACAGCAAGCACUUCCUUGAGCAGAUUCUGGUGACAGCACUAACGCUGUUGAAAGAGGAAGACUUCCCAAGCCUUGGCUGCCUGCUGGAUAGGGAGUUCAGGCCUCUAAGGCACCUGCUCGUGCUCCUUGGCUGGACACACUGCCAGAGCCUCGAGUCAGCAAAGAGGCUGCUCCAGACACUACACAGGCCCCAGGACCAAGGCUGCGAUGAGCUUCUCAGGGACGCCUGUGACGGACUGUGGGCCCACCUGGAGGUCCUGGAGUGGUGUGUGCAGCACAGCAGCAACUCCAUACCAAAGAGAGAUCUCCUGUGUCAUUUACAUGGCGGAGACAGCCACUCAGUGCUCUACUCUCUCCAUCACCUUACCAACCUUCCAGCCCUCAGAGAGGAAGAGGUUCUCAAGCUCUUACAGAAGGUGCCGGCCAAGGACCUCCAACAAGAGCACGAUUCUGCUGGUGCCCUGGUUCCCGAGCACUUGAGUCAGUGUCAGAAUCUGACCCUCUACCAGGGCUUCUGUGCCAUGAAGUAUGCCAUCUAUGCCCUCUGUGUGAACUCACACCAGUACUCCCAGUGCCAGGACUGCAAAGACAGCCCCUCUGAGGACCCGGCCUUGGCCGCAGAGGACUCUGUCCCCUCCCCAGGUGCUUCACGUCUCUUCUCGACUUACCUGGCCAGGUGUCAGCAGUAUCUGUGCAGCGUCCCUGACUCUUUGUGCCUGGAACUUCUAGAAAACAUCUUCUCAUUGCUCCUCAUCACCUCUACUGAUCUUCACCCAGAGCCUCACCUGCCUGAAGACUAUGCUGAGGAUGAUGACACCGAGGGGAAAGGCCCCUUGGCUUUGAGGUCUCCAUCAGAAAGCCCUCAGCAUGCAGGACAGCCUGAGAGGAAGUCAGAACGGGGUUCCCUUGGAGCCCCCAGGAACCUGGCUCAUACAGUACCAAGCUGUCUAAAAGCACAGUCCGAAGACAGCUCCCCAGGGCCCCAUAGCAAUUUUUUGGAUCUAAAGCACUUUACUAAUGGUAUCAAUGGAUUCCUGGCUGAUGAGUUUGCAAUGGGGGCCUUCCUUGGGCUCCUCCAGGAGCAGCUGGAUAAGAUCAGUGGCCACAGCCCCCCUGAUAAGGCAACGCUUCUGGAAGGCCAGAGCUGCACAGGAAGCAGAGAUGGACUGCAGAGCCGCCUGUACCAGUUUUCUAAGGUUCUUUCUGAGGCCCAGUGGAGAUAUAAGGUGAUAACAAGCAACCAGGGCUCAGAGGAGCCACUUUCCCGAAGGUACCUGCCCAUUGCCACACGGCACUCUAGUCUCCGCAGGGGUCGUCGGACAAGAAGGAGCAGGGCAGAUGGCCGGGACAGAGGCUCCAACCCAUCCCUGGAAAGUAUGAGUAGUGAACUGAGCACAAGUACUUCAGAGGGCAGUCUGAGCGCUGUGUCUGGGCGGAAUGAGCUGGAGAGCCGAUCGCAGCCCCAUCCUCAAAGUUCAUUCCUCCCCAUGAUGUUCUCCCCACCGGAGUCGAUGCUAGCAUCCUGUAUCCUCCGGGGGAACUUCGCAGAAGCCCAUCAGGUGGUCUUCAUGUUCAACCUAAAGUCCUCACCCAGUGCCGGGGAACUAAUGUUUAUGGAGCGCUACCAGGAAGUGAUCCAGGAGCUGGCUCGAGUGGAACACAAGAUAGAAAACCAGAACUCAGACGGCACUAACAGCACCAUUCGAAGAACUGGCAGUGGCCGUUCAACCCUGCAGGCCAUUGGCAGCGCUGCAGCCGCAGGGAUAGUAUUUUACUCCAUCUCUGAUGUGACCGACAAGCUGCUCAGCACCUCCGGAGACCCCAUCCCCACCCUCCAGGAGGACUUCUGGAUCAGCACGGCUCUGACAGAGCCCAGCACUCCCCUGAGAGAGGUUCUGGAAGGCCUUAGUCCCCCCGCCAUGGCUGCAUUUGACCUCGCUUGCUCUCAGUGCCAGCUCUGGAAAACCUGUAAGCAGCUCUUGGAAACAGCUGAGCGGCGUCUGAACAGUAGCCUGGAGAGCCGGGGUCGACGGCCAGACCAAGUCCUCCCCAGUGCCGAUGGCAUUCGAGGGUUUCCAGUUGUUCUUCAGCAAAUUAGCAAGAUUCUUAAUUACCCAUUUAUGUCAGCUGGACAAGCUAAGUCAGAGGCUGUGGAAGAAAAGGGAGGAGCCCCUCCCCGGUGCAGCAUCACCGAGCUGCUUCAGGUGUGCUGGCCCAGCCUGACGGAGGACUGUGUUGCCAGCCACACCGCCCUCUCCCAGCAGCUGGAGCAGGUCCUUCAGUCACUGAGAGAGGCACUAACUCUGCCAGAGCCCAGGAGUACUCCACUUUCUUCCCUGGUGGAGCAGGCAUCCCAGAAAGCUCCUGAGGCCGAGGCCCACCCUGUGUACAUCCAGACUCAGCUCCUGCAGAAGAAUCUUGGCAAACAGACCCCAGCAGGCAGCAGACAGACUGACUACGUGGGCACCUUCGUCAGCUACUGUAGCACCUUGGCUGCUGUUCUCCUUCAGAGUUUGAGCUCUGAGCCUGAGCACAUAGAGGUCAAGGUAGGAAAUCCCUUUGUUCUCCUGCAGCAGAGUCCUUCCCAGCUUGUGUCGCAUCUCCUGCUUGAGAGACAAGUUCCACCAGACAGGCUGGCAGCCCUUCUGGCCCGAGAGGGUCUCAGCCUAAGUGUGCCACAGGUUAUCAUCAACUGCUGCUGUGAGCCCCUUACUCUUUGCUCCUCUCUGCAAAGCCAGCAGACAUCAUCCCUCCUGACCCAGCUGGGUGUCCUGGCCCAGCAGUACACCUCCCACUUCCUGGAUGACCUUCCUCUCUCUGCACCGAGCUCCCCUAGGCCAACCAAGAAUCCCACACCGGAGAAGAAGCCCUGCCCCUCCCCAAAGGACUCAUCGCCCCCAGCCCUCACCUCCUCUGCCUUGGCCUUCCUUAAAUCCUGCUCGAAGCUACUGUCUACAGUGGCCUGCCUUGGGACUUCCCAGGGGUCAAAGGUCAGCAAGCCCAGCUUGUCGUGGAAGGAGCUUCGUGGACGCAGGGAGGUGCCUCUGACUGCGGGGCAGGUGGCCCGAGAGUGUGAGCACCUCCUGGAACAGUUCCCUAUGCUCGAGGCCUCCCUGUUGGCUGCCUGGGAGCCCCUCCGUGGGUCCUCUGAGCCAGGAAAGAGUCUGGCAGCCAGUCUGUGUGGUCAGGCCCAACUGUCUACUGUGCUCCUGGGCCUGCAUUCGCCCCUUGCCCUGGACGUGCUCACCGAGGCCUUUGAGGAAGCCCUGGUGGCCAGAGAUUGGGCACGGGCCCUUCAGCUCAUCGAUGUGUACGGGCGUGAUGUAGAUGGUCUGAGCAACAUAAGGGAUGCGGUCCUGAGCUGUGCAGUGGCGUGUGACAAGGAAGGUUGGCACUACCUGUUUCCUGUGGAGGAUGCGUCUCUGAGAAGUCAGCUGGCCCUACGCUUUGUGGAUCGGUGGCCCUUGGAGUCGUGCCUGGAGAUCUUGGCCUACUGCAUUUCAGACACAGCUGUCCAAGAAGAACUAAAGUCUGAGCUGCAGAAGAAGCAGGGGGAGCUUCAAGUAUAUCAAAAGAUUCUGGGCUUGCAGGAACCUCCAGCCUGGUGCGACUGGCAGACCCUGAGGAGCUGCUGUGUUUCGGACCCACCAUCUGUCAUGAACAUGAUUCUAGAAGCGCAGGAGUAUGAGCUGUGUGAGGACUGGGGCCGUUUGUACCCCAUUCCAAGGGAACAUUUAAUCAGCUUACAUCAGAAGCAUCUUCUCCACCUUUUAGAGAGAAAAGACCAUGACAAGGCUCUGCAGCUCCUACAAAGAAUUCCCGACCCCACCAUGUGCCUUGAGGUCACAGAGCAGUCCCUCGACCAGCACCCUAGCUUGGCCACCUCACACUUCUUGGCCACCUACCUCACCAGUCACUUCUAUGGAGAGCUGACUUCUGCUCGACACGGUGAAAUCCAGGCCCUGUACAUGGGAUCCAAGGUUCUGCUCACUCUGCCUGAGCAGCACCGGGCCAGCUAUUCCCACCUGUCCUCCAGUCCCCUGCUCAUGUUGGAGCAGCUACUGAUGAACAUGAAAGUGGACUGGGCCACUGUGGCCGUGCAGACCCUGCACCAGCUGCUGGCUGGACAGGAGAUUGGCUUCACAAUGGACGAUGUUGACUCACUGCUCUCCAGAUAUGCAGGGAAAGCCCUGGAACUCCCAUACCCUCUGAGGGAGAAACGAUCAGCAGAUUCUGUGAUUCACCUCCAGGAAAUCGUUCAUCAGGCUUCCGACCCUGAGACUCUGUCUAGAUCACCCUCAGCAGAGUUCGUUGCUGCUGCUCCUGGUGUCUCCAUUGUGCAUUCCCCCAGCCCAAGGGAGAGGAGCCUCCCUCAAAGUCAGCCCCAGCUGGAAUUUGUGCCCCCAGCCAUGCCUCCUGCCAGGCACCAGUGGGUGCCAGACGAGACCAAGAGCGUCUGCAUGGUCUGUCACAAGGAGCACUUCAGUAUGUUUAACAGGCGUCAUCACUGUCGCCGCUGUGGCCGGCUGGUAUGCAGUUCCUGCUCCACUAAGAAGAUGACGGUGGAAGGCUGCAGAGAGAACCCUACGCGUGUGUGUGACCAGUGCUACAGUUACUACAACCAAGACACAUCAGAGGAGAAUCCAGGCCAACCAGAAGCACCCGACAGCGCAAAGACUGAAAGCCUUCUCUACUCGGCCAUGGUGGAAGUGCCCAAAGCUGCCGAGGUGGAAUGGAUUUUGAGUCUGAACGGGGAAGAAAACGAGUUGGUGCGGAGUGAAUUUUACUACGAGCAGGCUCCCAGCGCCUCCUUGUGCAUUGCCAUCCUGAAUCUGCACCGGGACAGUGUCGCCUGUGGUCACCAGCUAAUUGACCACUGCUGCAGGCUGUCCAGGGGCCUCACCAACCCGGAGGUGGAUGCCGGACUGCUCACAGACAUCAUGAAGCAGCUGCUCUUCAGUGCCAAGAUGAUGUUCGUCAAGGCUGGCCAGAGCCAGGACCUGGCCCUUUGUGACAGUUAUAUCAGCAAGGUGGAUGUGCUGAAUAUUUUAGUGGUGGCUGCCUACCGCCAUGUACCAUCUCUAGACCAGAUCUUGCAGCCUGCUGCGGUCACCAGGCUGAGGAACCAGCUUCUGGAAGCUGAGUACUACCACCUGGGAGUCGAGGUCUCCACAAAGACUGGGCUUGAUUCCACUGGGGCAUGGCAUGCUUGGGGCAUGGCCUGCCUCAAAGCCGGGAACCUCACUGCAGCCCGGGAGAAGUUCAGUCGCUGUCUGAAGGCCCCCUUUGACCCCAACCAGCUGAAUCAUGGCUCGAGGCUGGUCCAGGAUGUGGUUGAGUACCUGGAGUCCACAGUGAGGCCCCUUAUUUCCUUGCAAGACGACGAUUACUUUGCCACCUUGAGGGAACUGGAAGCCACCCUUCGGACCCAGAGCCUCUCCCUGGAUGUGAUUCCCGAGGGGACGAUCACAAGCAACACUUACUACCAAGAAUGCCUGUUCUACCUGCACAGCUACAGCACCAACCUGGCCAUCAUCAGCUUCUACAUGAGGCACAGCUGCCUCCGGGAAGCCCUGCUGCACCUCCUCAACAAGGACAGUCCUCCAGAAGUCUUCAUAGAGGGGAUUUUCCAACCAAGCUACAAAAGUGGGAAGCUGCACACUUUGGAAAACUUGCUGGAAUCCAUUGAUCCAACCUUGGAGACCUGGGGAACAUACCUGAUUGCUGCCUGCCAACAUUUGCAGAAGAAGAACUACUACCACAUUCUGUACGAGCUGCAGCAGUUCAUGAAGGACCAAGUCCGGGCCGCCAUGACCUGUAUUCGGUUCUUCAGUCACAAAGCAAAGUCAUAUACGGAGCUGGGAGAGAAGCUCUCAUGGCUGCUUAAGGCCAAGGACCACCUGAAGAUCUACCUCCAAGAAACAUCCCGCAGCUCAGGAAGGAAGAAAUCCACCUUCUUCCGAAAGAAGAUGACGGCAGCUGACGUGUCCAGGCACAUGAACACACUUCAACUGCAGAUGGAAGUGACCCGAUUCUUACAUCGGUGUGAGAGUGCCGGGACUUCUCAGGUCACCUCUUUGCCUCUGCCAACGCUCUUUGGAAAUAACCACAUGAAAAUGGACGUUGCCUGCAAGGUCAUGUUGGGAGGGAAAAAUGUAGAGGAUGGCUUUGGAAUUGCAUUCCGUGUUCUGCAGGACUUCCAGCUGGAUGCGGCUGCAACUUACUGCAGAGCCGCCCGACAGCUGGUGGAGAAGGAGAAAUACAGUGAGAUCCGACAACUGCUCAAAUGUGUCAGUGAGUCGGGCAUGGCGGCCAAAAGUGACGGGGACACCAUCCUCCUCAACUGCCUGGACGCCUUCAAGAGAAUCCCACCCCAGGAGCUGGAGGGCCUGAUCCAGGCGAUACACAGCGAUGACAACAAGGUUCAGGCCUACCUGACAUGCUGCAAACUGCGUUCUGCCUACCUGAUUGCAGUGAAGCAGGAACACUCACGGGCCACCACCCUCGUGCAACAAGUGCAGCAGGCUGCCAAGAGCAGUGGGGAUGCCGUUGUGCAGGACAUCUGUGCCCAGUGGCUCCUGACAAGCCACUCCCGCAGUUCCCAUGGCUCAGGCUCCAGAAAGUGACCCUGGGCAGCAGGGCUAGAAAAAUGUAGCCGGAGCACUCUGGUGACAGGAGCCAUUCCCUCCACUGCUUUCCCGCUGUGGAGUGGGACUCAUCUGGCUCUUCCCCAGGUCGGAAAGAGCUGGGCUGGACCCUUACUUGCCUGCUUCGGCAAGGACAGGACCUUUCACGCAAGUGCCAUGUUUCUGUGCGGUUGUGGACUUUGUGUGUGUUUAUCUGGAGAUGGCCAGUUCUUUCUACCUCAGAGUGAGUGAGUGAGUGUGUGCACACCACGCACACCUUGCAUGCUCCUGCACACUCAUGUUUACGCCCCCAGCAUUCUCUGAACAAGUACCACUCUCCUCCAUUGAAGCGAGGCACUUUACUUUUGACUUCUGCCUGUCUUAAAACCUUCCCUGCGUUUUGGUUCUUAACCCGGGUUGUCCUAUUUGUACACAGCCCCUUCUGGGUGGGCACACUGAAGUAGCUCCUCUUAGCUUGCCGGAUUUUACCGAGAAUUGGAGAGCAACACCAAAAGGAUCGCUUAUUUUCCCUUCCCCAAAUUCAGAGAUGGCUUUGGGACAAGUGCUGUCUCUGGGAUAAAACUGCUUUCCAGGUAUCUCUCUCCCAAGCACAAGGAGUUGACAUGAGUCUUUGAAAGGUAGAAGGAAUAGAAGGCUUUCCAGGUACCAGCACCUAAAUGCUAUGGCUGCCACACGGGCAGGAGGCGUCCCCGCCACAUUCAUCUGGGGGGUGAGGGGAAGGGAGAGCACACCAAGCAGGGACAGGGGGUGGUUGUUUACUCAAAAGCACAGAGCUGGUGCUUGUGAAUGCCCCGCUGCCAAGAUGAUGGGAGAGGAGAGGGAACUAGUAGCCAGCAUCCUAGGUCUGAAUGGCCAGACUUUAUCUAUUUAACCUCCACUCAUAAUUGUGCCUCUUGAAUUGGUUAGGAAAUCACUUCCCCUCCCUCCUGCUUCCUUCAGUCUUCUGGAGACUACAGCUGGGCGUGCAGACACCUGGGUCACUGAGACAGCAGUGUACUUCUUUUCCACCUUAACAGAGUCAGGGGCCGGGCCGUGGACAAGAGUCAGAAUAAAAGGACAAUGAUUAGGUCACAUGCAGUUGGUAGAAAACUAGGUGAAGUACUUCUUAAAUGUGCAUCAGCUUGUCUUCCCACCUGAGAUGUGACAAUACUUGAGGAAAUGCACAUUAUACUCAAUGACUUGGGUCUGCAAAUGGGGGCCUAAAGAAAAGCUCUGCACCCCUCAGUCCCACCAGCAGGAGCUCAGCCUGUCAAUCUCACCUUUGAUACUGAGACAAAGACGAACUGGAAGCGGAAGCCACUGUCUCUGGUGCUUAGAAAUCCUGUGGAAUUCCCUCUGAACCUAGUUUUCUAGUAGUAAAAUGAACAACUGUUACGGGCAUCUGUCAGGUGGAAAGUAGUCCCAUUAGAGGAGAAAGGCUCUAAGGAAAAUACCAGAUCCCUUUGAGGCGAUGUCUGACAGAUGACCUUCCUUCCUCGAGUCGGAAUGCCCAGGAGAACGUUGUUGCCUGGCGUCCACUUACCCUUCCGAGUCUGCCCUUUUUGCACUGAACCUAAGCACUUUAUACAAGUGGAUCACAAAUCUUGAGGGCCCUGAAUUUGGGAUGUUAUGACCAGAUUUUCCUGACAUUUCCCUCUAACUAGCUGAACUAGAAAGUCAGCAGCUAUUGGUCAGACUGACACAGGUGAGGCUAAUGGAACAUAACACCAUGGUCUCCAGAAAAACAACAUCAAACAAAUGUACGCGUUGAGGGGUUGAAUGCUUAGCCAUGAGCAAGUCACAAUAAAAUGUCUAUCCGAGUA